UGUCAAGAUGGUGGUUCUCUCCAAGGAAUACGGCUAUGUGGUCCUGACUGGUGUUGCCGGAUUUAUCAUGAUAACGCACCUUGCUGUGAAUGUGGCGAAGGCACGCAAGAAGUACAAGGUGGAGUAUCCAACCAUGUAUAGCACAGACCCUGAACAUGGGCAUCUCUUCAACUGCAUCCAGCGUGCACACCAGAACACACUGGAAGUUUAUCCCUCCUUUCUGUUCUUCCUAGCUGUGGGCGGAGUCUACCACCCGCGCGUCGCUGUUGGGCUUGGCAUCACCUGGAUCAUUGGGAGAGUCCUCUAUGCCUAUGGCUAUUACACAGGAGAUCCUGGAAAGCGAAACAGAGGGGCCAUUGGUUCGGCUGCACUCAUUGGAUUGGUGGGGAACACUUUGUACUCAGCCUUCCAGCACCUUGAGUGGGUCUCCAGAGAGUAGCCAGCCUCCACCCCCUUCACAGCUUUGUGGAGAAUCUCCAAGGUGUAGAGUGGUAGGGAUUUUGGGGGGGAAGGUGUUUUUGGAUAAUAAACUUAAUUUCCAACAUAACUAGUUUUUUCCUAAUUAAAAUUAAAAGGAAGUGUUUUCAUCUUGAA